CUGUUUACGUUGUCAUAAACGUGGAUGUGAGUCAGAUAAUCGAUUCUGUUGUCUGCUUUUUGCAUCAUGGGAUGUAGCAUCAGUCUCUGGGAACACUGAAGGAAGACUUUACCCUACGUUACAUCGAAAGCCGGAAAUAGAAAUCUGGCGGUUUGUUUUUCUCGAGUAAAAUAAAGACAGCCUAAGCUCUUCCUAGCACACCGAGGGAGUGCGCCUUUUGUGUCAGACGGCUGUGUUUUUUUUUUUAAUCGUGUCAACAUGGACAUGUACGGAUACAGCGGGGUCUUCUUGGUGAAAAGAUUCCUGGACAAUGGCGUUUUUGAAGUCACAAACAUGUCUGACAUCAGCAAGUUGAAUCCUCACGGCUGCGAUAACGGAGCCCUGACGGACAGGUUCGGCGUCUUGAUCCAGGGACUCCUGGCUAUCGUUGCCUUCAGUACGCUGAUGUUGAAGAGGUUCCGGGAGCCUGUAGGGAUCAGACGACCGUGGAGGAUCUGGUUUUAUGACACAUCCAAGCAGGCCAUCGGUUCUCUUUUUAUCCACUUUGCCAACGUCUUCCUGUCCACGCUCACUGAAGAGGACCCAUGCUCCCUGUAUCUGAUGAACUUCCUGCUGGACGCCGUGCUGGGGAUGCUGGUCAUCUGGCUGGCCGUGAAGUUGGUGUCCAAACUAGUGGAGUACAAGCAGUGGACGUUGCUCAUGUUUGGUGAAUAUGGCGACCCUCCCCAGGCUGCAGCCUGGCUGGGUCAGUGUGGCAUCUACCUGCUCAUCAUGGUGCUGGAGAAAGGUGUCAUCAGCCUGGUGCUGCUCAUCCCCGGAUGGUCCAGCUUGCAGGAGGUGUUGCUAAGCUACAUUGCUAACCCUCAGCUGGAGCUGGUGCUGGUCAUGCUCAUUGUUCCCUUCAUAGUGAAUUCCAUCAUGUUCUGGGUGGUGGACAGCCUGAUGAUGAGGAAGUACAAGACGAUGAAGAGCCUGGACGACUCCUGCAACAGCGCGUUGAAGAAGGCCGACUCGCUGCCCUGGGCCAACAGUGAGGAGUCAUUGAUCCUGCUGGCUGCAGAGACAGACACAGACGAGGCUUCAGAGGGGGAGGAAGAGCCAGGCGAUGACGGACCAGACCCUUAUGUUCAGUAUUCUGGAGGACCGCUGAGACCCAGCUGGGUGGUGGUAUAAACCCAGGUGAUGCUACCCGUCUGUCCUCUGUCCACACACAACACACUCUUUAGAGCCUAAAUAUGAGCAAACGCAAACAAGCCUUGCAUCCGUAACUCCUCAAGGGUCUAACUAUCGGCUUCCUUGUAAACAAAGGCACAAUUAAAAGGUCUGAUAACCUGUGAAUGUGAACUCUACAGCCUGAGCUGCCUUCCUCUGCACUGAACUGGAGCUUGACUCAGUGCAUGCAUGUAAAUCAAGUAGCAUUUUGUGGCAAGGAAUUUAGAAGCUCUUUAUCCUCUCACCUUGCUGCCUCCGUUUGCUGCAAGAGAACAUUAGAGCAACCACAACUGAACGUGUUUGGAGAGAGAUUAUUAAGAAAGCAGCGGCCGCAGGGCAAACGGUGCGGGUGGGAAUGACGAGCUCUGAGAUAAAUCUGUCUUCUCUUCACACUGGGGACUUUUGGAAAUGAUGUUGCUCUAAAGAGAGUCAUUUAUUGUGUAUCAUAUUGCAAAGAGAAGCAUUUCAAUUCUCCUGUUUGCAUUUACGCUUUACAAGCCAAAAGGUCUACAGUUUGACAUAUUCCGACUGUAAUGUUUUAUUAAUAUUCCAAUGUAUCUUGUGUAUUUUCUUUUUUUAAACCCAAUUAUGAACAUGUGGAUAAACUGGCACAGCACGCUCCGUCAUUAACAGGCCUGUAAAGUGCCACGGUGCCUCUUACCGAAUGCAUCUCUUUAAUCUGUACUAUGAAUAAAGAUGAUUGACACAUGAA